AUGCAACAAAAAAAGCCUAGAGAUGCUCUAGCAGAUACGCAUCAACUCCAAAAAACAUGGUACAAGCUUUUUGCACGAUGGAAGGGACAUACAUUGGUAAUAUAUGCCAUUUCCAUAUCACAGGAUGGCACUCUCCUGGCCAGCAGAGGCUUUUACGGACUCAAGAUUUGGGACUUGGAGAUGAAGGCCUGUUACUUGUGUAAUGUGGCAUUGCUCACUGAGGAUUCAUACAAAACCCUUAUUUGUGGAACGGGGUUGGAAUACUGGAUUUUAUGGUGCCAAGAGUCACAACAAGGGUACUUUGAAGAGGGAUGCGUGAAGAGGCUGGGAAGUGGGGGCCAGAUCACUUGUAUUGCUGCAAAGUCAAACAACAAAACUGGCGCAAGAAUUGCGGUAGGGAUGUGUGAACACACGGUACAGGUUUUCACCUGGAAUAACAAUCAAAUCAAUUCUGUGUUUGCUGUCAAGCUGGAAAGCACCGUACCAGUACAUGUCAGUUUUAUCAACAACCAAAACAAGGGUCUUCAGGUGUUUGGGUUAUUUGAUGGUGCCGUUUUUUGCCUUAAAGGUGACAAUGAAAGUGUGAAAACAACAUCGAUGUUGGACGGACUGAUAGGAAGUGUGGCUAUAAACCAUUGGAACACCUACACCAUCACCAACAAUGCUCAGAAUGGGUUUUCCCUGCAGCGACUUGAAAGUGGUGUAAAUAUCCGAGAUGACAUCACAAAGGUACCAAAGAGAAUCUUUCCUAAACAAGUAAGAUUUGUGGAAGAAGAAAUGCUGGUUGUUGGGGGUAGCAAUCAUGGUGCCGUUUACCUAUUUGACAAAAGAAGAGCAGACAUCUUGGGGAUACUUAAACAUGGAAGAGGCGAGAUGGUGCAAAGCAUUGCGGCAAGGCAGUGA